GCUAAUGCUACCUGCUUGUUCCUGGCCACUCAUGUUUCCUCAGCCUAAGGCCAGUAUUACAUUUCGUGGUUCGUAUAAAUAAGGAAGCAGAAAAGAUAACUCAUCUAAUAUAUUUUUUGUUUCUAUUCAAACUCAUGUCUUUUUAUUUAUUAGUUGUUUUGUAUGAAUAUGACCGGCCUUUUUGACCUUCAUGCUCUGGUGAUUUUAUAUCCUUUUUUUUUUUUUUGCUCAAAUAGCAGCAAGCUAGACCCAGAAAGCUUAGAAGGAAUGAUUAUCAUCCAUUAUAUUUGUAUUCCAUUAAUUAUUUUUUACUUUAUUCAAAACAACAGAUCAAAAAGGAACAAAGCAAACCUCUUUUCUUUUGCAAAAGCAAUAGUGUUCCUUCACUAAGCUGUUCUGAUUUUUUUUGUUGCCUCAACUUUUGUGUUUUGUUCUGUAAAAUGAAUGCAUCUGUCGAAAUGACCCGGUAACAUCUCUGUUUUUAACCAGAAAGUAAGCAGGAAGAGUCUCAAAGUAAAUUAAAAAUAUUUUUACUGUUGAUCUUUUUUAGGCAAAAUUGAGUUUAGCUGUUGUAGAGUUACACACUGUUGAGAUGUCUUACCUUACAACUGAGCAAGUAUAUGAUGCCAAUUUUAGGACACCCUCAGGUCUCAGGAAAAUAUCAUCAGACAUCCGAUGAAAUGGCCUCAGAUGUCAGACCACAUAGAGGGCAAAGCAUAGGUUUCACUCGUAAAAAACCCAUCAGACUCUUGAGUACACGUCAGAAAAAAGGCCUCAGAACAAACCGGCGUCAGACAAAAGUGACUAAAGAAAACCGCCAUUAAACAAAAUGUUUUCUGAUGGAGGAGACUUAAGCCUGAGUCAUGCUUCUGCGUCAGUGCGGAGACACGCAACGCCAUUAUCCGUCCUUGCGGGGGCUGCUGGAGAGCCCCGCAAGGACGUACCGAGUCGAGCUCUCUUUUCUAAACAUCCGUCCGUCGAGACGCAGAACGCAAGCUUGUGAUUGGUCAGGGCACCGCUGUCGUCUACACCGCCGCCAUUGCGCCCUCAAAAACAUAAAAAGAGCCGAGGAUAACUAGCGGCAGACACGGAGAAGCUUGAAGAAUACCUCGCGAAAAAACUAAAAAUAUGAACGUUUAAGUCCCCCGUGACUGGAGGAGUCAAAAGAUACGUAGCAAGUGUUUUAUUUGUGGACAGAAAUGACAGGAAACGUGGGUUUAGAGGUGGCGAGCGCAUGAAGAGGUGGAGGAGGAUGAGAGACAAAUUUGUCCGUGUUAAAAAGUCUCUAAUAUACAAAAAACAAAACAAGAUAAACACACUAUCUUGGACUGGAUACAGGACAGGAUACCACAGAACAGCGUUACGCCCUCUAAUGUCCUGGAGGGGAAUUGCGUUGCAACACUCUCCAGGAGACGGAGAAGCAUGACUCAGGCUUUAGAGAAAAGCAUCCUGCAGGUGGUACUGCUGUCUAUGUCUUUUUUUUAAAGAACUUAAUUGAAAUAGUUGCAUUUUUUAAUCACAAAAUUAUGUGGAAAAUAUUGCACAGCUAAGAAGAGAGGAAAUGAGAAGCUUGGGUCACAGCCAAAUUGUUGUCCAAAUACAGAAUCAACAUAAGACGUGACGUAAGAACAUAAGACUUAAAGCAACACUUAAUACGUUUCCUGCUUUUUCCUCCUUCUGGUUGAAAUCGGAAUUACAACUGUCAAAUACAAUCCUGCCCCAGCCCGCAGUUGCUAAUGCUAACAAAAAGCUAAUGUUAACAUGAACCAACUGACGCUAUGUAAAGUCAAAAGAUCCACACUGAAGAAGAAACAAAUACUGUUACUUACAAGUCCAGAUCACCAUCAGUUCAUGAAUUUGCCUCCUUUAGCUCCCUCAAACGACUGUAGGCCACGCCGAUGUUCACUCUGAUUUCAACACUUUGCUUUGCUUCCAAAGACAUAACAUUCUUCCUACAAAUACCUGUCACCACUGAUCCAUGAAACUGUUAAGUGCAGCUUCUGGUCAGCAGAGGGCCACAGAGGGCUGUCCAGUGUGAAAUUGGUCAUGUUUUUGGCUGAAAAACCACUGAAACCAGUUUGAAAGCAAUCACUUUAAGUGUUAAAACAUCUUUAAUGUGGCUUUAAUAUAAUAUAACUAAAGCAAACUACAAAGAAGAAGGAGAACUAACGAAACUUACCGUGGUGUUGUUGCCUUUGUCUCACGUUGAUGAUGUAUUUUGACAACAGUUUUUCCAUGGCAGAGCUACAGCACCACCUGCAGGAUGCUUCCCUCUGAGGCGCUUUAACUACACAUUAUUUUCCUUAUGCCAUUUUUCCUGAGGUUGAGAUGUCUGAGGUUGUUUUUCAUAUGGCUGUUUUGUCACAGGUGUGAUGGGUUUUUGAAUGAAACCUGAUGCGUUUUCCUCUGGUCUGACGUCUGAAGCCAUUUGAUAAAUGUCUGACGCUGUUCACGUAGCCACAGUCACAGAACUAGCUGCAUCAGCAGUACGAGGGUAUCAUUUUAUUUAGCCUUUUCUCUUUUUACCACAAAAUAUUUGAUUUUUGAGGUUUAUGAAAUGAUUUAAUAUAGAAUCACACAGAUUAAUUAACAAUCAGUGAAGCAAGGGGAAAAUGAAUGAAUUGUGAGGAUUUAGCAGCAGGAUUAAAGUAAUAAGAUAAUAUUAUUAGGGAUAUUGUCUUUUUAUGAGUUAAUCUACUGGUUUUGCUCAGAUGAAUCAGCAGAGGGCAGUGAUGUCUGAAGAAGUUUAACAAUCACAGAAUAUGUGGCUUACUUAUGGCUUUAUGUGGAAAGCUGGCUUUUAAAUAAUUACAGGGACAUCAAAACAACACAGGAAUGAGAUACAAUAGCUGAGUUCUUAUGUUUGUCUUUAGAAAUAUAUGAAACAUUUGAAUUUGUACAUUUGUCACAAUUGAUCAUCUACAGAGUUGGUCUAAGAAGCUAUAUUUUACUGGUUAAAUGUAUUUACAUCAUCCAGUCUUUACUACUUCCAGUGCAGUUUACUUACUGGUUGUUUCCCAAGUCAAACAACCCAAGGGUAUUUUCUGUUUGCUGUAGGUUUACAUUUUGUGGGUGGUUAUGUGGGGAGGCGGUGAUAUUUUUAGCUGCAGAGCGGCUUGCUGCUGUAAAACCCUUUAUAGGUGCACUGAAAAUACCUCCACUUACAUCACAUCAGAAACGUGCACCGGAAUAUCUGCAGGACUGCAGAUUUCAGGUGAUGUUUGUCAAGGAGGCGAAACGGCACCGACCUGUUUUGGCUGUGGCCGUUCAGUCAGACAGAAACGAUUCUAACUACAGUGCAUUUCGAAGUUGUAACAAAAAUGUCUGGCAUAGUCGACACCACUUGGCAAUUAGCGUGACAUGCUGGGUGAUUUUUAGUGCUGGUGCAUGUGUCAGUGGGUCAGUGAUAGCAGUCGCACACUUUCUCCCACCAGCUGGCAGACAGAAAAAGGAAAUCUGAUCUGUUAAGUGUCUCGGCCAAUAACGGCAGUGGGUGCAGAGCCAGGGUUACGGUUGCAGCUGCAGCGAGGGAUACGGCAGGGGGGCAGGAGGAGCAGAUCUUGGGGCAUGUAGGAGGACUCGGGUGUGAAGGGAGCUGACGGAGCUGAGGCAAUUGAGGUUUGGACUGAGGCAGAUGGCAGGAGCAAUGAAGACUGAGGAGGCUGUAGUGUUUAAACCCCAGACACUGAGGGUUCAUAAGCAGUUACAGACUAUUGUUCGAGGGAACCGGCCACCUAAAGAUGCAUCCAUUAAUGGCCUGCUAGAGGACUUUGACAAUAUUUCAGUUACACGCUCCAACUCCCUUCGUAAAGAGAGCCCACCAGGAUCCCAGCAGGCUGGAACCACUUCCAAACCCUUGGGUAGUGGUCUUCUCACUGCCCCCGAGGAGAAUGGAUUCAACCACUACUACUCCCGCUACUCGUGUGAUCUGAACUCGUCCAGCAGGGACUUUUCUCUAGAUCCUGGAAAACCAAGUGUCUCCACAGAUGGGGACUGGGCUGUUGGGCGGCAUUACCGAUUCACCAAGCAGAAUGGCCACUCUUACCCCAUACGCAGCCCAUUCUACCCAGAUGCUAUGCCUCAAAAAUCAGACUAUGGGAAGCUUCCCCCAGACUACCACACUUACUUGGAGAGCAAAGGGCGCUCCGCUGAUGAGGUGGCUUCUACAGUAGGGAGUGGUGUUGGCUCCAGUGGCUACUACCGUGCAUCGGUGGGAGGCUCAUCCAGCCAGGACUACCGGGACACUUCAGUCGGCACGCCUUCUCGUGCUUCCCUUCACAGCGAACAGAUUAACUACCCGGACAGCGAGUGGAGCUACAGCGGCCUCCGGGACGAAUAUGACAAGAGACCCAAGAGCUCCUACGUGACCCAGACCAGCCCCACACCUGCUAUCAGGCAGAGAUCUCGGUCUGGAUCUGGGCUGCAGGAGCAAAAUCUUCCCUAUGCUGCCAGUGGGGCUUUCAAGAACCCUCCACAGGCUCACCCGUACAGUUCCUACACCUACCCCCGCCUCUCAGAAAGUCUUGCUAACUCCCAGACCAUUGCCAAGGGCGACUACGAGCGUCCUUCCCGUGAGGAAAUCCCGCAGGUAUCAGGUGGUGACAUCUACCUACGAGGGCCUCUCAAGCUACCUCAGAGCCACACGAAGCCGCCUGGCUACCCCCCAGUGCACCUGCCGUACCCCCCCAUCUUUCACCAUUACAAACCCUCACCCUACCACCACCCCCCCUCUCAACCCAGCCCUCCUUACACUCCUCAGGGGGCCUGCUCGCAGCCCUCAUCACCUUAUAUACCCCCCGGGGCUUACCCCCCUCCUUCGUGGGGGUCGAGCUCUGACACUCAACCCUCUAGAGUCUCCCAUGAGCAGUUCAGAGCUGCACUUCAGCUGGUGGUCAACCCAGGAGACCCUCGGGAAUACCUGGAUAACUUCAUCAAGAUCGGCGAGGGCUCCACGGGGAUCGUGUGCAUCGCCAGCGAGAAGCACAGCGGGAAGCAGGUGGCGGUGAAGAAGAUGGAUCUGAGAAAACAGCAGAGGAGAGAGCUGCUCUUCAACGAGGUGGUGAUCAUGAGGGAUUACCACCAUGAAAACGUGGUGGACAUGUACAACAGCUACUUGGUGGGAGACGAGCUGUGGGUGGUGAUGGAGUUCCUUGAGGGUGGAGCCCUCACUGACAUUGUGACUCACACAAGGAUGAACGAGGAGCAGAUUGCCACCGUGUGUCUGUCGGUGCUCAGAGCUCUGUCCUACCUGCACACUCAGGGCGUCAUCCACCGGGACAUAAAAAGCGACUCCAUCCUCCUGACCAGCGAUGGACGGAUCAAGUUAUCAGACUUUGGUUUUUGUGCUCAAGUCUCCAAAGAGGUGCCUAAGAGGAAGUCUCUGGUGGGCACACCCUACUGGAUGGCACCCGAGGUCAUCUCAAGAAUACCUUAUGGGACAGAGGUGGACAUCUGGUCCUUAGGCAUCAUGGUGAUUGAGAUGGUUGAUGGAGAACCCCCCUACUUUAACGAGCCCCCUCUGCAGGCCAUGAGGAGGAUACGGGACAACCUACCCCCACGGCUAAAGGAAUCGCACAAGGUGUCCACGGUGCUGCGCUCCUUCCUCGACACGAUGCUGGUGAGAGAGCCGUCACAGAGAGCCACUGCCCGGGAGCUCCUCCAGCACCCGUUCCUCAAGAUGUCCGGACCGCCGUCGUGCAUCGUCCCCCUCAUGAGACACUACCGCCACCGCUGACCCGCUGGCCCCAUCCUGCCCCUUAGGACACUCACAUAAACACCCAAUAGGGUGGCACUGCCCUCACCCUGCCUAAAACAACCCCACCGCCAGGCGGCACGCCACUAACACACACCUGUAACUGUGAAGUAGAUUAGCUAGUGGAGUAUGUUACAAUACACACAGAGAAAAGAAGAUAAUGAGUUAGAGAGUGCGCCGUGCCGGAGGAACUCGGUAGGAACUCGGCAUUCUUCUUUCUUCCUAGACUGCGAGUCUCCCGCGACUCGUAGUAGCCAUCAGCCUUCCAGAGCUUCAGAACCGAGUCGCUGGCGAGGCGGACGGACCUCGAUGACCCCUCUGCUCCAGAGCAGAGCAGAGGGCCGAGCAAUCGGCGCAAGGACAGAGACAAACUCUCUCGCCUCGCACACUAAGAAUAAAAACAACAACAAAAAAGUAUUUUAGAGAAACUUGUAAGAUUUCCUGUACAGUUUUGAUAACUUGCAGUAUUUUAUUGUGUCGUAACCAUUGUGAUAUGAGCAGUAUUAAAUAGAGUUUCUGGAGAGAUCUUUCCUACUGUUUAUAAUCCAGUUUUUGCUUAAAGAUAUAAGAGAUAUUUCAAAUAAAUCCACCUAAAAUUAACCGUUACAAAAAAAAUACUUCAUAUAUUUAUGGUCUCACAUUUGUAGACAGAACUUCCAUUAAAUGUUGGAAAAAAGGAUAAUAUCAGAACUUUGUACGACACUUCGAAGUUUUUAUUUAUUUAUUUUAUUAUGUAUUUAUGGGAAUUUUAAGGCGUAUUUUUUAUUUGUAGUGUGGCCUUUUUUGUUUGUUUGUUUUAUUUAUUUAUUUUUACAUUUCUAAACGGUUCAUUGGAGAACAGUUGUAUCAUCCGAGCAAUACCCCCCACCCACACACACACACACACACACACAUGCACGCACACAUGCAUGCACACACAGAGCACUGCUCAUUCCAAUACCGUAACAAUGCAUUUAAAUGUAGCACAGACGAGUGGAUUUGAGGAGAAAAAACGAUGUAAUCCUCACACAUCCUUCUUUUUACUGGCGUUUCUUUAAAUACCGAGAGUCUUUCAUCCCGGAGCGAGUUCAAGAUGCUGAUAAAAGGUCUCAUUUUCUCCUCGCUGUCAUUAUCUCACUCCUUAUCCCACCUCACUCAGACUCUGGAACUGUGCCGCCAUUUUCAUCUCCACCCGGACCAGGAGAACAGUCCCAUGCCCCCUCCCCCUCCUCCGAGCAUCGUUUUUUUUUUUUACCCAUCUGUCACUGUGAUAUGUACAUACUACUGUGAGCGUGAGUCCGUGUUUAUCUCUCUAAAGAGUCUGAAAGUGUGUGUGAGUGUGUGUUUAUGUGCGAGCUAACCCCUGAUGGUGUGUGUUAAGAUUUGAAUGAGUUACACUUAUCUGUGGUUCUGGCUUGUACAGCGAUGCUGCAUGUUUGUUAUCAGUGGAGCUGGUUUCAAUUAAAAAAAAGGAAAACACACAUAAAAAACCAUCGAGAUGUGUUGCAUGGGUUCUUUUCCUUCAUUACCUUUUUAUGAUCUCUUCUUUAUCCCAGCGUCUCACAUCAAGCUGAUUUUUUAAAUCCAACACUGUCAGAUUAUUCCAGUUGAGCCAUCAUCUUUGUUCUUUUGAGUCUUCCAUAGUUUCUUAAUUCAACAGCUGUCAUUUUCAACGAUUUCACCCCAGCUUCACCUGCGGGCAGAGAGGUAAAAGGCACAUCUGUGGGUUGAUGUUGUUUCUCUUUCUGUCCUACAAGCCAUUUCCUCCUGAAAAGCACCGUGAUGGGAUAUUGAUUCAGUUCAGACAAAGUAUGGAGCUUCUUCCUCAGAGAGACGCCGGUUCAGUCAGUGGUUACUUUAAUGGUUUUAUAAAUGUACAACUAAACACACACACCUGUCUAAUCUGAGCUAAUGGUUCAAAAAGAAACAGAUUUAAGGAGAAAUUAGACUAAGUGUGGUGGUCAGGAGAGGACUACCUGUGCUGGAGUUCAUCACACCAUCCAGACAGGACUGUGUGUUUCUUUUAUGAUAAAAAGUCUGCAUUUCUGGACUCAAAGUUGGAAAAAUCAGCUUCCAAUGCUUCACAACAUCAACUCUGACCAGGAAAGUUGUUGGUUUCUCACCGACCUCUGCCAGCUGCUUUGAUAAUAAAAGCUGCGAUAAUGUG